AUGGAGGUACUCUCGGCAGCUACUGGGUCGCACCAAGAGGAGGUGGAAUGGAGGUUCUCUCCGGUUAUGCAGGUGGUGUUGGGAGCUGUCCUCAGCGACACCGUGAAGGAGCUUGCAAUGCUUCACAAAGCCGCAUCUUGUGGUGCUUCUGUGCUUCAAACCCUCCCCGCAGAGGAGGACAAUAAUGCGGAAAAAAAUAGUGAUACCUUGAUUAGGGAACUAAAUAGAAUAUUUUUCGAGACUCUUGUCCGUUUUGAACGGUGUCGUCGGGAGGAUUACAUUGCGUUGGAGGAUGGAUCGUUUCGAAAGCUUAGUGAAGAUGAGAGUACUUUGCGAACAUUUUUGGAGGAAGUGGAAAAGUUGAUAGACAUUUUUCAAAUACUUGAGAGAGAAAUUGAUGUCUGGGGCACAUUUAAGUCGCUGCGAAUGCACUGUGACGGUAAACAAGCUGUAGUGGAUAUGCCCUUGGACAUGGCCAAAACUAUUAUGGAUAAGGAUCAGAUGAUAAAGUUUAUGCAUGAAAAGAUCCACGAAACAGAAAAACAUUUUGAAAAUCAGAGGCUAUUUUAUGACGAGGUAAUCAGGCGGCUGAAGCAUGAAUGGCAAGAGGCUCGUCAAUUAGCAAAGAUGUCUUACCAGUAUCUUAAGCAAUCCUACAGUCAACGAGCUGAGCUUUACAGUAUCAUGUGUGAUGAGGAGACCGGAGCCCUAACUGAUAGCGCUCAUAGCUUUAGACAACGUAUUAACACUGAAAAACGCCUAAUUAAUGAGACUUCCAGUUGCCUGUUUGCCGAACUCGAUCUGCAUGCCAAUCAUUUAAAGUACCUCCAAAGCCUUACUAAGGUUGAAGAGCUCACAUCUGAAUUGGAAGCAAUGACAGCCAGUCUGGAAAAGCUUUGCAAAGAUCACGAAAAACUCAAAGUCGAGUACGCUCAGUGUGAACAGGUGGUAUUGGAUUACAAAACCGCAGAAGAGAGGAGACGACUGGAUGAGGAAAUUAACCAAAAAGUUCUGGUGGGCAUUUUCCAGGUUCAAGCCUGGUGGCGAGCCAUCAUUGUAAUGCGAGGCAUCAAGGUAAAAUCCAAAAGGCGGAGAGGAAAACGGCAAAGAAGCAAGAAUGCUUAG